UGUAUUGUGCGACAUGUCUUUGCUAGAAAAAAUCCCAAUACGUGUAAAUUAAUUGGUUUACGUGAAAGUUAUAGCGUUUACAAAUGGCGGUAUAUAUACUGGAAUUUUUUUUUCUAGUAAUGGUGGCAAUCAGUGACUUAUAGUAGGACUACGGCGGGCAUUCUGACACUGGGUGGGAACUGACUAAUGGCCACCGACAUCCCCAGUGACACUAAUACAGGGAUCAGUGCUAAUAAAAAGCACUGACACUGUACUGACACUGAGCAGGAAGGGGUUAACAUCUGCAGC